AUGGAUUUUAAAACUAUAAAUUAUGAAUAAGGUAAAAUUGAAUAUGGAAGUGAAGAAAUUUAUGUGUCUAUAAUCACCAAGUUUAUUAACAUGACGUUUAAAAAACAGGUUUAAGAGUUGUAUUUAGCAAUAGAGCUGUUAGAUUAAAGACGAAUGGAAAAGGCUUGUUUUGUUUUGAAAGGAAGUGUAGGGUAAGCGUUUUUAUUUGAAAUAGUUAGAUAGAUCUUAGCAUUUAAUUUUCUUCAAAAAACAAAUGCCUUAUAUGAGAUAUUGAAAAAACAUAAGAUUAAUACUUAGAGAGAAAUUAUUGAUUUAUAUCAUAGAUAUUUUGACUUGAUUGAUGAAAGUGUUUUGCUGGCUCUUGAAUUAUCAGCAGUUGCCCAAUUAUUUAUAAAUAUUACUGAAUUUAAAUCAUAUAGUAAUUAUGAAUUUUAAUCAAAAGGAGACUCCAUUUGGCCAAAAUAUAUAGAAUUCAUUAACAAAUAUAUAAAGGAAUGUCUUAAAAAUAAUAAUAAAUCAUAUACUUGUUAAAAAUGCAAGGAAUGUAUAAUUUUUUGA